AUUAUUUCACUUAAAAUUGGCGACACUCGAUUAGAUGGUAUGGAAACUGGUGCUGCACUGGCAAGGACUUCCAUAUCACUCGUAGAAACUAAAUGUGAUCUUGCUAAUAUGAGUUUUGGUGAAGCAACAUCUGUACCAGAUUAUGGUCAUUUCAUUAAAUUGAUUCGCGAUGAAGUUAUUGGAAAAUAUGGUUGUAUUUUCAUAAGUAGUGCUGGAAAUAAUGGUCCUGCUUUAAGCACAAAUGGUGCACCUGGUGGUACUUCUAGUGGUAUUCAUUCAAUGAUUCAAGCUGAAUAUGCGCUUCUUGAGUCAGUUCCUGAACGCGCAUACACAUGGUCUUCUCAAGGCCCUAGUGCUGAUGGUGAUAUUGGUGUUGAUAUAUAUGCUCCUGGAGGGUCUUCACCUAAUGCAACUGGAUGUGUAGCAUUACUUUUAUCAGGUCUUAAGGCUGAAAAUAGAGAAUAUUCGCCUUAUAUGAUCAAAAAUGCUCUUGUUAAUAGUUCAAAACAAAUAAAUGAAAAUUUUGGUGUUGGACUUUUACAAGUUGAAAAGACAUGGGAUUAUCUUGAAAAAUUUUACGAAGUUCCAGAUAAAGAUGUUGUUUAUGAGCGCGGCAUAUACUUGAGAGAAUCAUACGAGACUUCAAGUCCGCAAACUAUUAAUGUUUUUAUUAGUCCUAAAUUUAUGAAAGAGAUUGACCCAACUUCUGGAGAAAAUAACCAAAAGAAAUUUGAGCUCGAAAGAAGAUUGGCUUUAAUUAGCACACAAACCUGGGUUAGAACAACCGAUUUCUUGUUUUUAGGUAGAUCAUUUGAUGUAAAAGUUGAUCCAACUAAUUUGGCACCUGGUGGAUUUUAUUUUGCUGAAGUUCAAGGUUAUGAUACAACUUGCCCAGAACGAGGCCCCUUGUUUCGAGUACCGGUUACUAUUACAAAGCCAAAUAUUUUAACUAACGGAUCUAAAGCUUGCUUUGACAAAUUAACUUUUGGUCCUGGUCAUAUUGAAAGAAGAUUUAUCAAGGUUCCUGAUGAACGUGAAUAUACAUUUUAUUUUGCUAAAGGAAGUUAUGGUGAUGGUAGUGGGGAUGAACAAAUUGAAAAAAAAAGCUUUGCUGUUUGUGGUGGUGUAACUAUGGAGAUUUGCGUGGCACAAUUUUGGUCUAGCAUUGGAAAUCACGAUAUAUCAUUAGAAUUUGUUUUCCAUGGUAUUCAAAUUUCAAACAAUGCCAUAAGUGGAAAUAAAAGUGUUUUUAUCAACGGUGGAGAUUCAUUUACUCGUUUGGAUAUUAUCGCACCUGUUAGACGAGAAGAAGGGAUUAAUCCUUCUAUCCAGUUAGAAUCAACCUUAAAACCACUUGGUAUAGAUCGUGAUGUUCUUCCAGAUUCUCGAAGAGCACAUGCUUUAACCUUAACUUAUAAAUUCUCUACGCCUGAAAAGAAUAUGUCCGUUACACCAAAAUUUCCUGCAUUCUUUGAUUUGCUGUAUGAUUCUUACUUUGAAGAUUUCUUUGCAAUAUUAUAUGAUGCAAAUAAAAAAGUUAUCGGCUAUUUAGAUAUUUACGCCAAGACUUUUAAACUAGAAUUUAAAGGAGAUUAUAUCAUUCGUGCACAAGUUCGUCACCAAUCGCAAGAAUUAUUAGAGAAAUUGAAUAACACAGUGUGCUUUUUGGAUUAUAAUUUAACCAAAAAGGUUAAUUUGGAUGUAUACGGCCAAAUACAUGAUGUUUUCACUGCUGAAAAAUCAACGGGUGUAAAAAGUUAUUUGGAAAAAGGUGAAAGGCAAGCACUAUUCAUUGCAUCACCCAAUGAUUAUUCUGUGUAUCCAAAGGAUAGCAAACCUGGUGAUUUAUUAAUAGGACGUUUGAAUUUUGUAAACAACUCCAAGAUUGAUGGUGGACAAUAUGAAAUCAGUUUGUUGAUUCCACCCGCUCCUGCCAAAUCUAAAGAUUCUUCCAAUGGUGGAGGCGAAGAUGGAAAAGGCCCAGCUACUAGUAACUCAGGACCAUCUGAAUCUAUAGAAAAAAAAGAUGAAAAAAUCAAUGAUGAACUUUCGGAUGCAAUUCGAGAUAUACAAAUUUCUUAUUUGAAAAAGUUUCCUGCGGAAUCAACGGCAAGAGAAGAUUUAUUUUCAGAAUUGGAAGAUCAUUAUCCGUCACAUUUGCCAAUUUUACAAACUAAAUUAGAUUUACUUCUUGAAUCAUCUGGAACUAGUGGUAAUAAAGAAAGUUUAUCACCAGAAACAGCGAAUAAAAUCUUGGAAAUUUCCGAAGAAUUAUUAAAAAAGAUUGAUUCAGUAGAAUUGGCACAAUAUUAUGGAGUUAAACAAGAUACAAGUCUUAAUGAUGCCGCAAAAAAGAAGAAAAAAGAGAAUGACGAUAAGAAGAAAGCUGUCAUAUUAGCUUUAGGAUCUAAAAUCCAAGCUUUGGCUGUUCUUGCGUCAACUAGUUCGUCAAGCGAUAAUUUAUCAACGCAGCUUGAAGAAACUUGGAAGCAACUUGCUCAAUGGUUGGAUUCUGUACCACCUGUAGCAGACUUUAAGCAGUUACUAAUUUAUCUUAUACGUGAAAGACGAGAAAAACGAUAUGGAAAUGCCCUUAAGGCACUUGGAAAAUGGCUUGGAGAAACUGGAUUGGGUAAUGAUAAUAUUAAAGAUUACGAGAAAGCUUUGAAAUUAAAGAUUGAAUUGUUGAAAGAAAUUGAAUGGAAAAAUUGGGAGAAAUAUGAAGAAAAAUGGAAGAUCAUUAGAAUUCCACCUUGCG